GUUUCUAUAAUUACAUUCAUAUAAUUUACCUCACUUCACAUUUAAUGACUAUACAUUAUUGAUUAUAAUUAUGACAACAUUAGAAGUACUCAUCUAUAUAGUCCUUCGCUUCAUGCUGUGGUCGCCAUGGAGACCACUUCGUCCCUAUGGUAACAUUUCCAAACAAUUUGAGUAAUCAAUAGACAGACGUCAUCAAGUCAGAAGCUCAGCAGGAUUUGACGUUGCUGCCAUCUUGUGGUGACUCCUGUGCAUCACAGCUUCCACUCUAUCGUCGUCAUGCGUGUUAAAAUCUAUAAAUAAGUCAUUUGAUGUGAUUAUUAUUAUUAUUAUUAUUAUUAUUAUUAUAUAAUAUCAGCUCGCGGUGUAUAGUCACGACUCAUUUAAUUUCUUUCAUGUCGACGAACGUCAGGAAAAUGAGUCCGUUAUUGCGCGACAUGACCACAUGUGCGUCAUCGUGUGAAUAAAAUCGGCGUUUUCUGCGCAGCCAGUGACGUCACAGUGCAGCAGCGGCUCUCCUCCGCCGCAUGGACCGGAAACCAGGCGGCGUCACGUGACCCAGACUGAGAGAGUCCCCCACCCCAUCAUGGAUGGAGCCUCCGUCCUCCGCCUCGGCCUCUCCCUGCUGCUCCUGCUCCCCGGCCCGGGGCUCGCCCUGCUCGGCCUCCGUCCGGAGGAGACCGGCGCGGAGCUCUCGGUGCGGGGCGGCGUGCUCCGGGCCACGGAGGGCACGCGCUUCACGCUGCGCGUCUACUACUCCUCGUCCACCCCCGGCGGCCUCAACCGCACCGGCCGCGCCAACAACGCCGCGCCCUGGAUCGCCUUCAUCGAGGAGCCGGCGUCGGGGCGCCAGGGCCAGGCGCGGCCGCGCGGCAACAACGCGUGCGCGGACAAGAGCGCGCGGACGUCCGACAUCGAGGUCCUGGGCUCCUUCAAGUCCGCGUCCAGCCAGAACUCGGUGUUAGUGGAGCUGCUGGCCAAGGAGCUGCGGCGCGGCGAGAGCGUCAAGUUCUACUCCGUGUGCGCGUUCGACGGCGCCAAGUGGGAGCACUACCGGACGCGCGACUUCUGGGUGGCGGUGGAGGAGCGCGCGGCGGCGCCGGAGCUCUGGCUGCAGGUGGCGGUGUCGGUGCUGCUCCUCGGCCUCUCGGCGCUCCUCAGCGGCCUCAACUUGAGCCUGCUGGCGCUGGACCCCGUGGAGCUGCAGGUGCUGCAGAACAGCGGCACGGACGCGGAGCAAAAACACGCGCGCGAAAUCGAGUCCGUGCGCCGCCACGGGAACUACGCGCUGUGCACGCUGCUGCUCGGCACCGCGCUCAUUAACGCCUCGCUGGCCGUGUGGACGUGCCGCGUCCUGGGCAUGACCUGGCUGGCCACCGCCGCCUGCGCGCUCGGCGUCUUCUUCGUGGGCGAGAUCCUGCCGCACGCGGUGGCGUCGCGCCACGGCCUGGCCAUCGCGUCGCGCACCAUCUGGGUGACGCGGCUGCUGAUGGUGCUCUCCUUCCCGGUGUCCUACCCCGUCAGCAAGCUGCUCGACCUCCUCCUCCACCAGGAGAUCUCCAACUUCUACACCCGCGAGAAGCUGCUGGAGAUGCUGCGCGUCACCGACCCGUACCACGACCUGCUGAAGGAGGAGCUGAACAUCAUCCAGGGCGCGCUGGAGCUGCGCAGCAAGACGGUGGAGGACGUGCUGACGCCGCUGGGCGACUGCUUCAUGCUGGCCGCCGACGUCCUGCUGGACUUCAACGCCAUGACGGAGGUGAUGGCCAGCGGCUACACGCGCAUCCCCGUCUACCAGGGCGCGCGCUCCAACAUCGUGGACAUCCUCUUCGUCAAGGACCUGGCCUUCGUGGACCCGGACGACUGCACGCCGCUCAAGACCGUCACGCAGUUCUACCGCCACCCGCUGCACUGCGUCUUCAGCGACACCAAGCUGGACGCCAUGCUGGAGGAGUUCAAGAAAGGUAAGUCUCACCUGGCCAUCGUGCAGCGCGUCAACAACGAGGGCGAGGGCGACCCUUUCUACGAGGUGAUGGGCAUCGUCACGCUGGAGGACGUCAUCGAGGAGAUCAUCAAGUCUGAGAUCCUGGACGAGACCGACCUUUUUACCGACAACCGCAGCAAGAGGCGUGUGAGUCACCACGAGAGGAAGCAUCAGGACUUCUCCAUCUUCAAGAUGAGCGAAGACGAGAUGAAAGUGAAGAUUUCUCCUCAGCUCCUCUUGGCCACACAUCGCUUCCUGUCCACAGAGGUGGAGCCCUUUAAGCCCGCCCACAUCUCGGAGAAGAUCCUGCUGAGGCUCAUCAAGCACCCCAGUGUGGUCCAAGAGCUCAACUUUGACGACAAGCACAAGCGAGCGUCACAGCACUUCCUGUUCCAGCGCAACAAGCCCGCCGACUACUUUGUCCUGGUGCUGCAGGGUCGGGUGGAGGUGGAGUUUGGCAAGGAGGCGCUCAAGUUUGACAAUGGAGCUUUUUCUUAUUUUGGAGUUCCUGCCCUCAUGUCAGCUGACUCCAGGUCGCCGUCUCGCAGCAAUGCUCCUGAUUGUGCUGAGUCGGCGUCGCACGGCGGCAGCGUGGUCCAACUGAACGGCGGCUCCAACGUCUACCUGCCCGACUACUCGGUCAGACAGCUGACACACCUGCAGGUCCUCAAGAUCACCAGGAGCCACUACCAGAACGCCGUGACCGCCACCAGGAUGGACACGUCGCCGCAGACGCCCGACGCUUGUCUCACCGAGGCCUCGCCGCCCGAGCGCGCCGCCACGUCCACGUGUGCCGCCGGCGCCACGCUGGCGCCCCCGCCCAGGGAGCUGGGCCGGCCCUCCUCGGCCAGAACGCGGGGACAGCAGUCGGCCGUCCCUCACGGCACCUCGCUGCUCAACGAGCGCAACCGCAUCGUCCGAAGUAAGUCGGACGGCCAGAGGAGUCCCGGCGAUUCCGUCUUCCUCGUGAUGGACGAGAUCCCGUACAUCGGAGAGGACAGGCCCGACACGGACGACGCAGUCACCUUUCUUUGUCCGGCAGACAUGGCCGACGUUCCCAUGGCAACCGACACUUCUCCUUUCAUCAGCAGCAUUUCUCUCAGCGCCUCAGAAGACACGCUGGGGAAGAAACUACUCCUCAAACUCAGUCUGUCUCACACACACACACACACACACACACACACACACACACACACACACACACACACACACACACACACACACACACGAAACAUUUUUAUACACACACACACAAAUCAUGAAACAUUUUUAUACACACACACACACACACACACACACACAAACAUGAAACAUUUUUAUACACACACACACACACACUGUGAAACACACUAUUGCCUUCUAGAGGAACAAGGUGGUACUGCAUGACAAAAUG